UUUCAUAGGACACGGUUGUUCUCCUACCCUUGAAACUGCAAGAGGAAAAAGAACAGCAGAGAAAGCAAAAAUCGACAUUGACGGAGUAUGCGUGUCGCUUGCCUCUAUUAAAAGAAGGGAGAGAGAGUAGAAAAAGUGGGAGUGAUGGGGCAAUACCAGCCAAAUACAGAGCAACCUUCUAUUCCUCAUCGUUAUCGGAAAGCAGCGCCGCCGAAGGCGAUUCCGUCCGGUGCUUGAUCCUUUGUCGACAGCUUAUGUAUGUGUACCUUCCUGCUUGUUUGAUAGCGCAAAGCUGGCCGCAUUUCUAGACAGAUGAGGCCUGGACCGUUCACACUUGUGGAUAAAAAGGGUUCUCCCUUAGUUCGACAGAGAGGUGUCCAUUAGCGUUGAAAUCGUUCAGAGUCCCCUGCAUUCGCAUGGUUGGUUCGUUAGUGGUGAUGGUGUGAAAAGCAAAUUGCAGAACAAGCACGAACGCCUGCGCCGCUUCACGCUUGCCUACUUUGCUGAAAAGAAGAGCUCUCCUUGUCCCUGUAGUUGAGGCAGGAGGCCUCCCAUCGUUGCCGUCUCCUGACUCUCCUCCCAUCAUCAAUGGAGAAGAAGACGGCAGUGAUCCUCGCUGUGGAGUUCUUCUGCCUCCUCCUUCCUUGCUUUCAUGGUGGCCUUGUUGGCGCAGUCGGGACAGAUGACAAGAUGGAAGAGUGGGGAUAUGUUGAAGUUCGACCAAAGGCUCACAUGUUCUGGUGGUUGUAUCGUAGUCCGUACCGCGUGCAGAAUUCAACUGCACCAUGGCCCAUUGUUCUCUGGCUCCAAGGUGGACCGGGAUCGUCUGGGGUUGGCCUUGGCAAUUUCAAAGAGAUUGGACCUUUGGAUACAAAUUUAAAGCCACGGAACUCCACAUGGCUCAGAAAAGCUGAUCUCCUGUUUGUGGAUAGCCCAGUUGGUACUGGUUAUAGUUUUGUUGAAGAGCAGGACUUGGCCGUGAAGACUGAUGAAGAAGCUGCCACUGACUUAACCACAUUGCUCAUCAAACUGUUCAAUAAUAAUGAAUCUCUUCAAAGCAGCCCACUAUAUGUGGUUGCUGAAUCAUAUGGUGGGAAACAUGCUGCCACACUGGGUUUGGCUGUAUAUGAUGCCAUUCAAGCUGGGAAGCUUAAAAUGAAACUUGGAGGAGUGUCACUUGGAGACUCAUGGAUAUCCCCUGAAGAUUUUGUGCUCUCAUGGGGACCUUUACUGAAGGACGUCUCCAGAUUGGACCUAAAAACAGCAGAGGAGGCCAUCAGGAGGGCUGCGGAUAUACAGGAAACACUUAGCAAAGGACAGUACAUGGAUGCAGUUUCUCUGUGGUCUGAUUUAGAAAAUUUUGUUGUUUCUGGCAGUAACAAUGUGGACCUCUAUAAUUUUUUGCUUGAUUUCGAUAAUGAUCCUGUGACAGCAGCUACAACAGACACAUUGACAACUGCAUCCAGAGAGCGAUACAUGAGAUACUUGGAAGAAAAACAUGGGAGUCUUUCAGAUUUCAUGAACACAGUUGUUCGUAAAAAAUUGGAAAUUAUCCCAGAAAAUAUCCAGUGGGGAGGACAAGCUGACAUUGUCUUCAAUUCCUUGUCCGGGGAUUUUAUGAAACCAAGGAUCAACGAGGUGGACGAGUUGUUGACAAGAGGAGUUCAAGUCACUAUAUACAAUGGCCAACUUGAUCUCAUCUGUUCAACCAAGGGAACUGAAGCAUGGGUUCAAAAGCUGAAGUGGAAGGGGCUGAAUGAUUUCAACAGUAGUAACAGGACCGCUCUUUACUGUGACCAAGGAGAUCCAACAAAGGGAUUUUACAAGUCUAAUCAAAAUUUACAUUUUUACUGGAUCCUGGGUGCAGGACACUUUGUACCCCUUGAUCAGCCCUGCAUAGCACUGAAGAUGAUUGGGGACAUCACUCAUUCUCCUGCUUCAUGAAGUAUAUCAGACACCAUACGCAAGCAAUUAUUGAUUUAAUAGAGGCAUUGAAUUUGGUAGAAAAGAAGAGGUUCUGAAUCAGUAAACAGACUAGAUAUAUGAAAGAAGCGGCUGGCUUGAAAGGGAAAAGUUCCGUCAAGUUGAAGGCUGAAAUAAAACAUCAUGUUGGUGAAAUGAUAUUAGAUCCUGAUUCUUCUAAAGGAAUAGAAUAAGUUACAAAAUUGUGAGUUAGUUGCAAUUCUUAAACAUUUUUUGUGUUUUUAGUUGGAAAAGCAUCAGAAAGAGAUUGGUAUUUAAGCUUUUGAUCGUCA